CGUAGUACACACGCGCCAUAACCUAAUAAAAAAUGUCUACGCACAUAGUGUAAAUAAUUUUUAAUGCAUAAAUAUAUAAGUAUAUACAUAUCAUUACGUCACAAUAAUAAUAAUUACAGUUGUUUUCAUUGGUAUAAAUAAUAAUGAUAAUAAUUUAUUGACGUUUUUAUUUCAAAUUAUCAAUUACGUAGUCAUCGAAUUUAUUUAACUGAAAGUAUCAAGUGUUUAAAGUCAGUAGAGUUGAGGCUGCUGUCAGUGACAGUUCGAGUACAUUCUCGAACUAUAUUACGCGUAAUAAAAUUUUUAAUACUUAAAUAUUACUACAAUUACCAAUACCAUUGAUCUCAUACAUUUAUAUAUUUGUAAUUUGAAUAUUUGAAUUUAAUAAAAAUAGACAAGGUCAUGGUGACGUUUUGAUCCCAUUAUAUAAAUGUAUAAUAGAUGACCGUCAAUGCAGUGAAAUAUAUUUUACACAACAGUAACAAGUGACAUAUAAUAUAUAAUAUAUAUAUAUAUUAUAUAUUUUUAAAAUAAUUUCGGAGAAAAUGAAUUUGUCAUUUGCUGGAUGCGGUUUUUUGGGAAUUUAUCAUGUUGGAGUUGCUGUUUGUUUUAAAAAAUACGCGCCACAUUUAUUGUUGGAAAAAAUAAGUGGUGCAUCAGCUGGUGCUAUUGCUGCAUGUUGUCUUCUUUGUGAUCUACCCCUCGGACUUUAUACAAGUGAUUUAUUGAAAUUAAGUAAGGAAGCAAGAAGAAAAACACUAGGGCCGUUUAGUCCUACUUUUAAUCUCCAGGCUAUUUUAUUAGAAUCAUUACAAAAGUAUUUACCCGAAGAUGCGCAUAUUAGAGUCAAUGGAAAACUUCACAUUUCAUUAACGAGAGUUUAUGAUGGACGUAAUGUUAUCGUAUCGCAAUUUAAUUCUAGAGAAGAUCUAUUUCAGGCACUUCUCGCAACAUCAUUUGUACCGAUAUUUUCAGGAAUACUACCACCCCGCUUUCACGGCAUUCGUUAUAUGGACGGUGGUUUUAGCGAUAAUUUACCAACAUUAGAUGAAAAUACCAUAACAAUAAGUCCUUUUUGCGGCGAAAGUGAUAUUUGUCCACGUGAUUUUUCUUCACAAUUAUUCCAUGUCAAUUUUGCCAACACGAGUAUCGAAUUAUCACGUGACAACAUUUAUCGCUUUGCCCGUAUUUUGUUCCCGCCAAAUCCAGAGAUAUUAUCAAAAAUGUGUCAGCAAGGUUUCGACGAUGCCUUGAGAUUCCUACACCGCAAUAAUCUAAUAAACUGUACCCGUUGCGUGGCAAUACAGUCGCCGUUCGUUGUAUCCGAAACACUUGACGACAGUACUGAGUAUGAUCCCGAGUGCAUUGAAUGUAAAAUUCACCGUCAGGAAGCGCUUGUCGCAAACUUACCAGAAACAGUUAUGAGUAUUCUUCAGGAUGCUAUUGACUCCGCUAAUAAGGGAAUCGUUAAUUGGUUAUUCAAACACAAAAGUAUUAAAUUGUUAUCUGUUUUGAGUCUUCCUUACACGCUGCCUGUUGAUGUUAUGUGCGCUACUAUAAACAAAGUUAUUUCAACUGCACCGAAAUUAAGUAUCAAUAUUAUUGAAUUAAUAAGAAAUAUUUUGAAACAAGUAAAUUUAUUAUUACCGACAAUAAAUAUACAAUUUAUAUCAAUAACUGAUUUAAUAAGGUUCCAAGUGGCGUUAGCGAAAUACAAAAAAAGCUACAGUGAAGAUGAUACUGAUGGGUGUAUAAAACCAUGGAGACGCGAUGCGCACACAGACAAUGGUGAUAAUUUUGAAAACAUAUUACAUGUCACUACAGACUACGACGCAUUAAUGGCUUACUAUUAUAUGAACCAGAAUAAAAAUACCGCGGGAAUAAAUGACUUAUUUAAAAUUAAAAGUAAUGAUUAUAAUGUGGAUUUAAAUUUUGUAGAUAAUAGUAAUGUCAAUAUUGAAUUUUCUGAUGAUUCUUGGGAUGAACCUGAUUGGAUUGCGCAACAUACACUCGCUGAUGUUACAGAAAUAAAAAAUAACACGAUGAGUAUGAAAGAAAUCCACAUUAAAGAAGAUGAUCAAGGAAGUCUUGAAUUAUCAGAUCAUUCAAUCGAAGAUUCGACCAUAUUUUCCGAUCCCGAAAGUGAAUGGGUAAUCGAUAAAACAGACAAAGUAAAAGAAGUUAUUGAAAAUACAAAUUCAACUCCUACUUCUCUCGCGUCGGACUGUCGCCCGGAAGUUGACCAACCUAGUCUUUAAAAAUUUAUUUAUUAUCACCAUCUCCUAAAAUCCACAGUUUAUAAUUUAUUUUAUUAUUUUUUUUUUUUGAAUUUUAAAAUUAAAAAAAAAAAAUUCACGAGUCUGCUUGAGAUCAAAUUUAUAUUUUGCACUACUUUUUUGUUACAGAAAAUUUUAAGUGGAUUUUAGGAGUGAGUGAUGAAUACGUGUACCUGAAUAAAUGGUACUAACUUUGAGAAUUUAUUUACUUGGAAAGAUUUUAAUUAAAUGGAAUGGAAAAAAAAUUAACAGUAUUUAUAUUAAUGUUAAUAAUAAAAUCAGCAAUAUCUGUUGUUUAAUAUUUAAAUAUAUAAUGAACGGGUCGUAUUUUGUCAAAUGACAAGAACGAAUACAAUAUACAUUUUUUUUUU